CGGACUCCACCGCUAGGGGUGGCGGCUGUGGCUCCGGCCUGACUGACGCUCGCUGUGGCUUUGAGGGCGCCGCAGCCCUGCCGAGCGGGGACAGCGCGAGGCCAAGAGGGUGGGAAAGCGGCCGGCGGCGGAGGGCGGCGCCGGAGGAGGGCGGCGCGCGGUGACUCAUCCCUCUGGACGGUCAGACACACUCGCCCGGCCCGCCCGCCCGCCCGCCCGCCCGCGCCGCCGCUCCUCAGCCGGGAGGCGCCCGCCCGCACCGCCCGCCCGCUCGCCCGCUCCGAGCUCCCGGCCCGGCCGCCUCGCACAAAGUUUUCCCGGGCUCGGGGCCUUGCGGGACGCGGAGCGGGCAGGGCAGGGGAAGGCGGUCGCCGCGCGGGCCCCGCCAGAAGUGCAUGGUGCCGGGCGCCCGGGCCCGGCGUCUGGAGCACCCGGGGCGGGGCCGGGCUGAGCCCAGCUCCUGAGCCUCCGUCCAGCGGCGUCCGAAGCCGUCCUCCCGUCGGGACUGCCGCGGGGGUCGCGCCGCGCUCCAGCGCCAUGUCCCGGCUGCUGCCGCUGCUGGGGAGCCGCACGGUGCGCAGCCUGAGGCCGGGCCCCGCCGCCGCCACCGCCGCCGCCGCCGCCACCGCUACCGCCGCGCCCCGCCCGCCGUCCUGGUGCGGCUGCGGCCGGGGGCUGCCGGCGCUCGGGGCCCCCCGCGGUCCCCGGCUCCUGGGCACCCACCCCAAGAAGGAGCCCAUGGAGGCGCUGAACACGGCGCAGGGCGCGCGCGACUUCAUCUACAGUCUGCACUCCACCGAGAGGAGCUGCCUGCUCAGAGAGCUGCACCGCUUCGAGUCCAUCGCCAUCGCCCAGGCGUGCAGAUUUCCUAAACCCGAGAUGGUCAUUGUGAAGCGUGCGAAGGAGGUGUCAUCAGGAGAGACCCCUGAUAGUUUUGAAAAGUUGGAAGCUCUACCACCCACUCCAGGACAGCUGAGAUACGUAUUCUUCCACAAUGCGAUACCUUUCAUAGGGUUUGGCUUUUUGGAUAAUGCAAUUAUGAUUGUUGCAGGAACCCAAAUUGAAUUAUCUAUUGGAAUUAUUUUGGGGAUUUCAACAAUGGCAGCUGCUGCUUUGGGAAAUCUUGUCUCAGAUUUAGCUGGACUUGGCCUUGCAGGUUAUGUUGAGGCCUUGGCUUCCAGGUUAGGUUUAUCAAUUCCUGAUCUCACACCAAAGCAAGUUGACAUGUGGCAAACUCGUGUUAGCACACAUCUGGGCAAGGCUGUUGGCGUGACUAUUGGCUGCAUUCUAGGAAUGUUCCCUUUGUUUUUCUUUGGAGGAGGUGAAGAAGAUGAAAAACUGGAAACAACAAAUUAGUCAUCUUAGAAUACCUAUAAUGUACCUCAGUCAUUAAAAAAUACUGUCACAGCAUUUAGUGGUGAAGACAGUAGCAGUGUAUAGAUACGGGAUCAAAUCAUUCAGCAUGUAUUAUGGAAACACUAACUUAUUGUGGCUUGGUCUUAAGACAUCUUUUUAAAAACCAUUUGGUAUCAUUUUAUGUCAAUUGUUGGGAUGCUUUUCCUCAGUGGCGGUCAACAUGUUAUCUUUUCCUCCUCUCUGUGUAUCAACAUAUUAUUUAACUUGUAGUCAUUGAUACUGUACUGUACUGACUUGAGGUUUGCUUAUUUGUUAUGUAAUAUGUACAUGCAUGGAAAUACCUAUUUAUGUUUUUUUUCUUGGUGGUUAUAAUUCUAUGCUAGGGUUUCUCCAAUUUAUUUCAGAUGUUCAAUAUCAGUUGAAGUUUUAACCCUGCCUGGUGGCAUCACUUCGAUGUUACUUCACAGUAAACAUUUGCAAUCAUAAUUUCACUCAUUUUUAAAGCUUUCAUAUCUAUCUAUUCGAAAUGAAUAGAGAUUUGUAAGUGUUUUAAGUAUAUCGGGUUCAUUUUCCUUUUGAACCAUGCUGUCUUAAGGGCCAGAGGUUAACCAGAAAGAUCGAUUUGCUGGCCUUCCUUUUACAUAUACCAUAUAUGCUAACAAGUGUACUUAUUUCUAGUUGACGUUUUCCCUUUAAUUUCCCAGCUUUGAAUAAUCUCACCGUGAGCUCUGGUUUGUGAGGGAAAGACAGUGUCAGUGCUUACUAUCCUUGAAACAGGGAUUAAGAAAUUAGGGUGGACUAAGGAAUUUGGGAUGGCAUUUGGAAAAUAUGCUACGUUUUAGGUUUUUUGGAGGGAGAUAGAAAAUGGAAACUUUCAAGGAGGGUUAUAGAGAAUGAGGCAGAGUCAGGUGGUGUCUGGAAGGUUCCCGAGGCAUUUCUUCUGUUACUUUGGGAGGGUUUCCCCCUGACAUGCUAUUAUCUCUUCAGAAGGGAAGGAGUCUAAGUAGUCCAUGCUCAGAAUCCUAAUCUCAUUAGAUCUUGUGCUGUGGUUUUUUUUUGGAUUUUUUUAAAAUAAUGUGUUUCAUAUUUUGCUCUUUGCUGUAUACUGUAGUCAAGCAUACCAUGAGGAGAAAGCCUUUCUCCCAUUCUGGAGCCUUUUUCUUUGUGGUGACUGUAGCACAUGGCUGGUGAAAGCUACUUGUGUCUGUGCCUGUAAGUCUGACCUAAAUCACGUGGGAGUCCUAAGUUUUCUCCCAUGGAGCCCACACAUGCUGACAUGCUGCAUGUCACAGAGUAAUUGGACAUAUGGAAGAGAGAAAAGGAAGUUAGGAUUCAGUCUUUGGGGGAAUUAAAAUGAUCCAUGUUGGCUAACUAGAUGAAAAACACUAAGUUAGCAUGCCUAUGCCUUUCAAACCUUGUUUCGGGGUUUGGUUCACACAUACUUACUUCAAGCUCUGUUUAAAGAAGAUUUCUCUUCCGUAAGAAAACGUGUCACAUACUGUCCCUAUUGCACUUUGGGAUGACUUAGUAUUGUCCAUUUAUCAUAGAGUUUAAGAAAAAAUAGUAUCAAAAACCAUCCAAUUCUCACGUACUCAAGUAACAUUUUCCUUUGAUCAAAUUAGAAUUGCAGGACUUGAGAUUGCAGGCAGACCUGUGUUGUAUUUUCUUCCACGUAACACGUGGACACCAGGAAGAGGAUUCCAGGUUGUUUCAUUUUCUGUGAGUGUGUGUCUGUCCUUUGGGUUUUGGUGGCUUUCCUGUAUCUGCUUUUGUUUUUAAGUGUUGUAUUGUGGUGCUUAACUUCCCUUCUUACUAAAUCCCAUUUCCAGAAACCUGUCUUGGAGGUUAGGAAGGACUUUUGAUCGCUGAUUUCCUUUUUCUUUCUCUUAAAUACAUCCCAGUCCUUACUGCCAGAAUCUCUGGUAACAGAAUUAAGCCAGUGUCGUUAAAUCUUCAGCUGUCUCAGUUGUCAACACAGGAAAGAUGUAACUUUCACAUUGGAAGACAUUCAAAACUUUGGUAAAACAUGGAAUCACAUUUAAUCAGUAGAGUGUUUUGAAUCAUUAAAAUCCUUAAUUUUCAAAAGCAGACAUACGUCAUCAAAGUCCGUUUGUCCUCAGCCAGUCAAGCUCUCGCCCGAUCUCACUCAGUUCUUUGUACAGUGUGAUUUCUGAAGAUGGCUCCCUCCCCGUAAGUUGAUGACUCCAUAGGACCCUGGUUCAGUGUUUUCAUCCCAGAGCAUCUGACGUCAGCUGAAACUGGACCCCUGCCUCAUGGCAGCUGCUCUCUGUCAGCACCACAGCUCCAGCGAGCACAUCACGGCUGGGGAGGACUGCCUGCUCAGAGUGCGUGUCGUUCUCGCGUCAUCAUUUACUGACCUGUUGAUGCAUGUAAACUGGGUACAUUUUGUUGCCACUGUAUGUUAAAUAGUGACCAAUGUUUUUAUGAAAGAAUUGAACAAAAAUAUCUUUUAAGACA